AUGCGCUUUUCUUUCGCCGCCGCCGCCGCCCUCUUCGGCGCCGCCAUGGCCGCCUCGGCCCCGCAGUCCACGCCGGCCCCGAACUCGACCGAGACCGUCGUCCUGUCCAAGUUCAAGGCCUUCCACCAGCUCGUCGAGGGACCCGUCAACGAGAUCAGCUUCGUCCUCUCGACGCACCGCGAGGUCGGCGUCGCCGCCUACGCCUGCUCGGCCGUCAACCGCCAAGCCCAGCUCGCGUUCAAGCCGACCUCGUUCAACUGCAAAGGCGGCGAUGAGAACAACAUAUACGCCUUCCAGAUCAAUGCGGUCGACACCGGCGCAAACACGUACGACAUGACCAUCUACCACCAGACCGCUUCCUCUUCCGGCCUCUCGGGUCAGGUCAACAUUCCUACCGUCUGCCGCGCUGAGGGUGUUCGUUCCGAGUACUGCGAGAAGCAGGACACCAUCAACAUCAAUGCGGUCGACACCGGCGCAAACACGUACGACAUGACCAUCUACCACCAGACCGCUUCCUCUUCCGGCCUCUCGGGUCAGGUCAACAUUCCUACCGUCUGCCGCGCUGAGGGUGUUCGUUCCGAGUACUGCGAGAAGCAGGACACCAUCAACGUCGAGCUGAAAACCUCCGAGUAA